AUGAGUGAUGUGUGGUGGCUGAGGUUGAAGACGAAGGUUCUUCCGCGAGAAGAACCUUCUUUUGCGCAUGUGGAAGAGGAAGUUGGAUAUUGUAGCGGAAGAAGGAGUUCUUCCGCGGGAUCCUGCGGAAGAAAGGGGAGAAGGUUCUUCCGCGGGUUCCGGCGGAAGAAGGCGAAGAAGGUUCUUCCGCUGGAUCCAGUGGAAGAAGGUUCCGCAGAGAUGACAGGCGCCGUCGAUGCUGUUCAGACAGAGGGAGUGGCUACUGAUAGGAGCUUGGGGUCACCUGCUGCUGAUGAGGGUUUCCCCAGUGGACCACGUGACCCAUCGAUUUUGACCAAUUUUGAUGAGCAUGUCGCACACAGCAUCUGGAGUGGACAGGAACGACCCGAUCUGAAGUUGGUCUCCCACGGUAGAAAAGUAGAUAAAAUUGGGAGACCAGCGCCUGAGAUCGAAGGGUUGAUUGCUGGCACCGAAUUGAGUCCACUGAUCAGGUGUUCUGUUAUCACCACUGAUCCUAGACUCAUAUUCGCCUUCGUCGAGUGGUGGCAUCGUGAGACUAGCACGUUCCACUUGCUAGUAGGCGAGUUGACGAUCACGUUGGAUGACGUGGCGUCACUCCUACACCUUCCCAUCACUGGCGCGCUGCAUACGUUCGAGUCGUUUGUUACUUCAGACGCGAUUGGUCUACUGACGAAGCUUCUUGAGGUCAGUCAUGAGGAGGCUACAUUUGAGACCCGACAGGCUGGUGGGCCUCAUGUCCGGUUGGGGUGGCUUCGGGACUUGUAUGAGAGCCAGUGCAGGGCCAGACGAUGGGUUGUAGCAGCCCGCACGUAUCUGCUCCACUUGGUGGGUUGUACUCUUUUUGCCAACAAGAGUUCAACCCAUGUACAUGUCGUGCACUUGGAGGCUUUCAGGGACCUAGCCCAGGUAGGGGGAUUCGCCUGGGGAGCGGCUGCAUUAGUCCACAUGUACGAGCAUCUGAACGACGCGUCGCAGGCCUCUACACGGCAGUUGGGCGGUUAUAUUACACUUCUCCAGUGCUGGAUAUACGAGCACUUUCCUACAGUGCAUACAUCUGUCGUUCAUGAUGCUUAUGAUGAGGGGAGCCCACGGGCCUGCAGGUGGCUUACGGGUAAGGCUCAUAUGAUGGGGAACAAGGGAGCCCCGUAUCGGAUACAUUUGGAUGCCCUGACUAUGACUGACGUGUGCUGGAUGCCCUAUGACCAUUUGGUGCCUUCAGGGGAGCUCUGUGUAGUUCCUGGACAGGUGGCGCCAGACUACAUGCAGUGGUUUUUUCAGAUAUCGCACCCAUUCGUCACGCGGAUCGAGGAGACUGUUGCGCCGAGACAUUCGCCUCCCCCUCAUCAUGAGGAGUUCGUCGAGCCACCCAUCCCCAAGGUUUCAGUCGCGACCGAUCUCCCUACGCAUUCAGUGGUUCACUGCGAAGGAUGUCAGGGGAUGGCUCAGGAUGGUCACUGA